UACCAUCAAAAGCCACCAUCAUCAAGUGAACAAGGCCUGGAGACAAACCUGAUUGAUGCACUGGACUCGGUGACUGUGGAACAGAUGCGAAAAUUCAUGAAUGCCUACCAAAAAGGCUUGUCGGGAAAGCAAGCAGCUUGGGCCACCAAGAAAUAUUGUGGUCACCAAGUGCUUCCUAACUCUGUUCUCGCCGAGCUCAAGACAGCCGGAAUCUGA